AUUGAAAUGUCUGUAGUUUUUGUAAGUGUGUUUUUUUUGCAGAACCGUAAUUAUAAAAAUCGUUUUUACGAAACGAAGGUUUUAGUAUGAACGGACUAAUAAUGUCACUACUGAAAACUUAGCAGUAAUCGAAUAAUCACUGAAAUAACAAUAUUUCAUUCAGUAGUUUAUUUAGG